AUGCAAAAUAGAAUAGCACACUGCACAAUCCUCGUAGUUGUCGAAGUUGGCCUUGACAUUGUUCUUGAAAUGCUGGAUAGCUUCCAAGAUGGUUCCGUUCUGGAAGUUGAUCACGUCGUCCUCGUCGCCGGUGGCAACCGAGUAGUGCAGAAUAGCACGUUUGUUGUCCUCUGUUGGUUUCAAGUCCAUGUCGAAGAUGAAGUCGAGGAACUGGCCAAACCGGUCCUCGCCAAUCUCAGAUAUGUAGUCCUGUCUAAUCUUUUGGGUGAUGUUCUUGAAGUGGUCGAAUAUCAGAUACCAGCUCCAUAG